CGAUAAUGAACACAACCAUGAACAGUGCCAAUCACUCCCGUAGGGAUGAACACUGGGAAGCUUGCAUGAACAUCCCCAGAUGGUACUGCUUUCUUGGGUCAUCCAUCGGAUCUUUUCUAUUGGGCAUUGCGGUGAUCAUUUCCUAUCGACUGUUGAACCAAUUAUUUGGAAAGGUUUCCGCAUGCUGCGCAAGGACGAACCGGACGCCAAAGGGUGCUGCACCGAAUGACCGUUCGUUUGAACUCGCGGAUUGCAAUCGUCUGCUAAAAGACGUAAAAUCCAGUUCUGUUUGUUCCAGUUAUGUCAAUGUAUCGAAUGAGGCAAUGGAUCAAAAGCAACACGCUUCCAUGGAGGCCAGUAACCUAUCUGUCUCACCGUCAGCACCAAACUUUUGCGAGCGCGUGUUAAAUGCCGUACGUGCCUGUAGACAAGGAGUUCAUAUCUGUGCGGUCCGCCUCGUGAGCUAUCAGUGGUUACCUGGACGUAUUUUCAUCGCAUUAUCCAUGAUCCUCAGUCUAUGUUCGUUUGGAAUCUAUGUCUCCGAGGCGACAAGAUGGCCGGCUGAUGUUGAAAAGUGUGGCCACAAAGGUCGUCGAAUGCGGAAUCUUGAUUUUCUCAUGAAUGUGUUCUUUUUACUUCAUUUUCUUGCCCGUCUUAUCGCUGCUCCUGAUGCUCUGAUAUUUUGGGUUGAUUGGUUCUCAAUUCUUGACUACCUGACUGUUCCACCCACGUUGCUGGGGUUCUGGAUGAAGCGUACUUGGCUUGGUUUUCGUUUUGUCCGGGCAUUCCGGCUCCUCAACUUGUCCGAGGUUCUACACAAUUUCAAUGUGAUCAAAACCGCCGCCAGCCUUCGACUCUGUCACUUUUGUACACUAUUUCUUUCAAUCUGGCUUUCGGGGGCUGGUAUGUUCCUUCUGUUGGAGAAUACGGGUGAACUGUUCACAAAGAACAUUUAUCAUGUUGUCAAUCCGAUCGACUACCCGAGUGCGUUGUAUUUUACCAUUGUCACCAUGUCCACCGUGGGUUACGGAGAUAUUACACCACAAACAGUACUAGGUCGAGUAUUUGUGAGCCUCUUCAUUCUAAUCGCCUUGGCAACAUUUGCAAGUGCUAUUCCGGUGAUUGUGGACAGCUUUUUCAGCGUGCGGAAAUAUUCCGGAUCGUACGUGAAGCAACAAGGCAAGUCACACAUUGUGGUGUGUGGUGACAUUACAACGGAUUCAGUUAGGACCUUUCUGUCCGACUUUCUCCACGAGGAUCGUCAACGUUCCGAUGUCGAAGUCGUUUUCAUCAAUCCGUGUAUGCCCGAUUUGCAGCUUCAAAGCAUCUUGAGGUUACAUUUCUCAAGAGUGAAAUACUUUCAGGGUACAGUGAUGGACCACAAUGACCUGGAACGCGUUCGGAUGAGUGAAGCUGACGCUUGUCUGAUUCUGGCCUCUUCCACGACCACUGAUAAUCAAGAAAAGGACGCUGCUAACAUCAUGCGUGUGAUUGCCGUGAAGAACUACGCCAGUCACGUGCGAGUGAUUGUCCAACUGUUGCAGACAGAGAACAAGGCACAUUUAUUCAAUAGUCCAUACUGGAACUGGGAUGCGGGGGAUGAAAUCAUUUGUUUCAGUGAGAUGAAACUGGGAUUCCUCGCUCAAAGCUGUGUUGCACCAGGAUUCUCCACGCUAAUCACCAACCUAUUCUCAAUGCGUUCCGAAAGCGAGCUGAUGCACGUGGAACAGCAAACUGACUCGAAUUUCAGACCGUACACCACCCUAGAAGAAGAAGCCGCAAUCGAUGAUGGACAAGAACAUGGGGAAGGAGUUGGGCUGGCUUUGGAUGCAGGAUAUUUUGAUCCAGGAGAUAUUCACGCGUCGGUCAGUCAUCGAAUGCUGAAUCUAGAAUCAUCAAAGCAGCCCAAGGGGCACGCAAAAGCUUUUUUGAGAAGCAUCUUCCAAGUGCGUUCACCAAAACCGGAAGUUCCACCUUCAAAAAUCGUUUCCACCACCGGUGGUACGGCAUUUCGCCAGAAUCCACUCACGAAAUUUCGCCGUUCAGUUCAACAGGAUCCAUACUGGCGUGUCAAUUAUUUCCGAGGUGCAAGUAUGGAACUCUAUUCAGCUCCUCUGUCCAGUUCUUUCGAAGGUCUGACAUUUGCUGAAACUGCGGUUAUUUGUCGGAAAAAACUGAACAUACUGCUGGUUGCUGUGGUGGCCCAAGUUCCAGAGUCCCAAAGACCACAGGAGAAGACUAGAUCGAUUGGCCUGGAUAUACCGCUUGACUUUGAAGAUGAGAUGGAAUUUGAGGAGUGUACCGAAUACCUGGCUAUUAAUCCUUACGUAAAGAGUGAUGUUCGAGUUGGACACAAAACUCUGGCAUUUUUCAUUUGCGACUCUCAAAAAACCGCCAGUCGAGCCAGUGUGUACUGUGCCGAAUGUCACGGGAAACAAACAUCGAUAAGACCGUCACAAAUACAUGCUUGCAAUUGUCAACCAGGCAAGAUUCGUGGGCUCAAUCGGUUGCGCAGUAAAAACAUCAAACGCUGGAUCACAAGUCGAAGGAAAACCAACCAGGCUUUGGAAUCCCUCGGUGGGCUGGCUAUGUCGGAACAUCCACUGUUGCCGUCGUCCGGUGCAGACCGACGAGAGGGACAGUCUGAAACAAUUGAGAACAACGGGUUUGAACCCGAAACUAGACGGCGAAGACAGUCAGAUCCGACUGCUUCCCGAUCGAAUCAGUUUCACGAGAACAUCCGACUAGAUAUUACUGGUAUGUAUCACUGCAGCGAUUCACGCGACUUUGAAGACAGUCUAUUACAAAAAUACCUAAGCACGGCUCCCUCCGGGUGGAAAAGCAAAAAACUAGUCAAUCAUAUCCUUUUGUGCAUUAUGGCUGACAAGGAUAAACCCUUGUUGGGUCUGCAUUCGUUUGUGAUGCCUUUAAGAGCAAGUCACUUUCACACUGACCAGCUGAAACCCAUUGUGAUUUUGAGUGAAGAGACCUAUCUGAGGCGUGAAUGGCCAAAUAUCGAUCAGUUUCCUGAUGUCUAUUGCCUUCCUGGAAGUCCGCUGUCGCGCGCCGACCUUAGAGCAGCCCGCAUCCGGUUUUGUUCUUCUUGUGUCGUUCUCGGAUCAACUCUGCAGACGCGCACAGAUGAUCCGUACAUGAUGGACAAAGAGGUUGUCCUUUGCUCUCUCAAUAUUCGGGGCAUGCGAUUUCCUCCGCUUAAUCCAAAUAAUCUCUCAAUUGCCACUCCUUACCGGCGUUUCGGGACCGAGAUUCCUCUACUGACUGAACUCACCGCAGAUGCCAAUAUACACUACUUGGAUCCUGAUGAUAAGUUGUCUGGAGAGACUCAUGUACCUGCAUCUUUGACAGCUCCGUUCGCUCAAGGUAUCGCUUUUACAACCUCUGUGUUAGACGUCCUCGCAAGUACUGCUUACUUUGACCGGAAUGCUAUGACACUAAUACGGCACCUCAUCACGGGUGGAGUAACACCUGCCUUGGAACAAUGGCUUGCAGAGGGUGGUGGGCUAGACGGUUACGGUAAAAGUGACUUGAGACCAGAAACAGAAGGCAAAAGUGACAGAUCACCUUAUCGAUCGGUCAUCCACUCUAAAAACCAAUACUGUCUUUGGGAAAGUCGACAACGACCGCGUGUAGCUCAACUUUCUGUGAUGGAUCCAAUUCUUCGUCCCGGAUUUCCAAACACCCGUGCGUUGUCCACGUUUGGCAAGCUCUUCUGUUUUGCCAUCAGAGAAAGGGGUAUUCUGUGUCUAGGCAUUUAUCGUAACAAUUAUAUUGAUGAGAACGAUUACAAUUUGGACAGCGACUGUCGUUUAACUGUGGAAAAUGUUGUUACAGAACGGCGGCCUGUGGUGCAGCCUUUGAAACCAGUCAUUCCACAGUCUAAACCAGCGGGGACAGGUCGACGCCUAAGCACUUCGGCCCAACCGGUGGAUGAUAUGCUUCGGAAGUUUUCGUUACACCUGCAACGCGAAAGCUCGAUGCUUAAACCAACUGACUUGCGGUCGUUUUCUCAACCGUUAAAUGGUCCUGUGAACGUGACCAAUCGAUAUGUGAUCACAAACCCGCCCAACUCAUUUCGUCUGCAUCGAUCAGACCUUGUGUUUUGUCUCUGUCCAUUUGAACCAACACCCCAAGGUUGUCCAUCCCCUUCCUAGAUGUUCAAAAUUCAAAUGCGUCAUCAAUCUCCAGUACUGCUAUUUAUGUCAUGUUCAAAGUUAAAUAUGUACGUUUCCUGUAAAGAGGUGUUGUUCCAAGUGUCAUCAAAGAUCUAUUAAAGCAUUUAUUGACAGUCAGCUAUUGAUUGUUUUUAUUGACCAUUCGUGUGCAUAAAGUUAACCAAGUGAAGUAAUGCUACAUUUUCUCGUAUUCCCACAAGUGUUUGACCGUUUGACUGGCCUUCUGUCAGUUUAUUACUACAUUACAUGGAUCGUCUUCCGAA